AUGUACGCCAACAAGGUUUCUGCCCUGGUCGGUGCCUUGGCGGUCAUCGGAUCGACUUCCGCCCUCAGCUUGCAUCGACAUGGACACCGGCUGCAGAAGAAGCAUGUGGUCAUCGACAGGGUUACUGAUGUCGUGACCGUCUACGUAACAAGGGAAGACGAUCUUCCUCAAUCCACCGUCGAGACCAACACUGGCACUGUCACCUCUCAGCAUGUCGUUGUAACUCCUACACCCAAGAUGGACGCUGUUGCCAACUUUCCUGCUCUCGCUCCCGGUUCCAAUUCGGCUCCUGCUGCUUCCCCUUCCACCAGCUUGGCCACUGAGGUCAAGCCAGCUCCUCCGACUGCUUCCACCGGCUUGGCUCCCCAGGUCCAGCCAGCUCCUCCAACUUCUCAGGUCAAGUCGGCUCCAAUUUCCGACAGCGGUGGCGGUGGCUCUGGAUCAAGCAACGGGCCUCUCUUCUCCGGCAAGCGUGGUCUUGCCUACAAUGACGCUAGCCUUGCCAACCUCUUCGGAAAGUCCUGCAAGCCUGGCGCCUGCGGUUGGGCCUACAACUGGGGCGACUCGCCCGGUUCCCUCGACCCCGCAUACAGCUUCAUUCCCAUGCUCUGGGGCGACAAGGGGGACAAUCUCCAACGCUGGGGAACUUCUUGUAGCAAGGGCAUCGGUGCCAAGGCUGUCUUUUCUUUCAACGAGCCCGACAACUCUGGCCAAGCUACCAUGUCUGCUGAAGACGCUGCUCGUCUUCACACACAGUACAUGAAUCCUUGCUCCGGCAAAGGGCCCCUAGUUGGAGCUCCUGCCGUCACCAAUAGUCAAAAUGACGGGGAAGGCCUCAAUUGGCUUGAUAAAUUCGUCACUGCAUGCAAGAUUCAGGGCUGCAAAUAUGACUUUUGCAACGUUCACUGGUACUCCCCCGCCAGCGAAUUCGACAGCCUUUUCGCUCACCUCGACGAUGCUCACCAGAGGUGCGGCAACAAGUCCAUCUUCCUGACCGAGUUUGCUCCCGCCGGCUCCCCCGCCGAGGUGGAUAUUUUCAUGAGGAAGGCUAUGCAGAAGCUCGAGUCCGUCGAGUACCUCCUCGGCUACGCGUACUUCAUGAUCAGGCCCAACAGCCUGAUGUCCACAUUGACCUCUCUGAGCUCGGUCGGCAAUAUCUUCGCCUCGGCUUAA